CUAAGCUCUUUUGAGGAAAUUGUUAAACAUUACUGGUUAUUCUAGAACCGUAUUGGAAACGAAUCAGAGAGAGAGAGAAAUGGAGGAACAGAAGGGAGUGGUGAAACACGUACUGCUAGCCAAGUUCAAAGAUGGAAUACCACCGGACCAGAUCGAACAACUCAUUAAGGGCUACGCCAAUCUCGUCAAUCUCAUCGAACCCAUGAAGUCCUUUCACUGGGGCAAGGAUGUGAGCAUUGAAAACCUGCAUCAGGGCUUCACUCAUUUCUUUGAAUCUACCUUUGAGAGUGCAGAAGGUGUUGCAGAGUAUAUAGCUCAUCCUGCGCAUGUUGAAUUUGCAAACUUGUUCCUUGCCAACUUGGAGAAAGUUCUUGUGUUUGACUACAAACCCACUAUUGUUCGUAUCUGAAUUGAAAUGGCAGUGCAUCUAUGCUGCCUUUCUAUGGAACUAUGAUGUGCAUAAGGUUUAAAACCAACUCUGUCUCAUUGAACGACAUUUGGCGAACUUAUAUACCAUGAUUGAUGGUGAUGAACUCUUCCUCUC